GUUUGCCUCGUUGCGGCCGCCUCCAGUCCACUCCGGGAAGCAGCGCCGUCAGUCCCCCGCCACGCGCAUCGCCGACCUCCCCCUGCAUUGCAUCAUCACCGAGGCUGAGAUCUGGAGCGACCAUCGCCGACUUUAACCCUCCUCCCUCCUCCAAGGCACAAUGUGGAGGUGAAUUCGCAUCGUUCAGCAAUCUGUAGUGGUCUAGUUCCUCUGCGGAUCCAAUGUUCCGACCGCCUCCAUCUGCAACCCCUCCUCCUCCGGUCCCAGGAGGGCCAGGGGCUGCUUUUGGAAAGACUUUGGGAGCAGUAGGCAGCGGAGGUCCUGGGCAAGGAAAUGGUAGGCCAUGGCCCGGACGGGGGAACAUGAAUGGUUCGGGUCCCGGGGGAGGCCGGGGCAACAGAGAAGGAAGAGACUGGGCUCCUGGCAGGGGAGGGAGGGGGGGUGGGCGUGGCCAGGGGGGGCGCAUGGGAGAGGGGUAUGGUCGGGGUUUUGCUGGAGAUGACCAUAUCAGACAAGGAAAUGCGCCGGGCGCUUAUCGAUCGGGUGACGGAAAUGGAAGCAGUUUUGGCACAGGUGGCAGUUCCAGGCAAGGGUUGCCAGCGGAAGCAGUGGAAUGGGGACACCUCCCAGAGAGAGAGAGAGCAACAGGAGGAAGAGGCGGAGGUGGAGGAAGAGGAGGAGGAGGAGGAGGAGGAGGAGGAGGAGGAGGAGGAAGAGGGUGGGGUGGCAGUGAGGGAGAACGAAGUGAUUGUCGUGUUAAUCAGACAGUUGCAAACCAGGGUCAUGAUUUUGGGCGCCAGAGUUAUGAUUAUGGGAAUCGAGCGGAAGGCAGAGAGGGCAGUGGUUGGGCCUCUAGAGGAGAUGCUGGGGGAUGUGUUUGGGACCCUGAUCAGGGGAGCGGGGCUCCCGAGGGGACCGGACGAAACUGGAACCCUGAAGGCAGAGGGCGGGGUGCGACUAGGGAGGCUCCCACGGGCUGGGCCGCCAGGGAAGGAGACCAGUGGGGUGCUGACAGAGAAAAGGGGGAGAUGGGGGGGCAUGGUUUUAGCCAUGGUGAUCAUGACGAUGCCAAAUUGGAAAGGAGUUGGAACCGAGGGCAAGGAGCGGGAGGAGAAGGAAUGGCUAAUGGCCAAGUGGGUGUCGGAGGACGGGGUGGGUUGUGGGAAGGCUGGAGGGCCAAUGUUGCAGGCGACAGACAUUUAAGCCCUUGUGAAAACACCAGACAAAGUGCAGAACGGAGCCAGGAGAGGGAAAAUGGCUGGGUUUCUGGUCGCCAGGACCAAGGUAUGGCAAGAAAAGGAGAGGGCAAUGGAAAAGGCUGGGGAGGCGAUCAAACGUGUCGCGAGAGACUUUGUGGAGACGAUCAAGGAAGGAGAGACUUCGGCCAUCCUGACGUUCAAGACUCAGCAUCGCGUGCAUGGGGAGAUUCCUCAUCACGUACACUUUAUGAGUUCCAGGCAGGGAAGACACAUGUACAGCCAAAUCAAGGCAACGUUGAGCCGAUGGCAUCAUCAUGGAAACCGACGCAUCAACCCCCUCUGCCUCAUCAACCGCCACUUCCACCCCGAACAUCCCUGCCACCUCCAGCAGCACCUUUUCAAGCACAUCAUCCACCUGAACGAUCACCUCGACCACAUCAACAGCCAUUGCAACCAGAGCCACUGCCCCAACAAUGUCGACGACCUCCCCCGUCUCAAUCACCCCAACAAUCUCAACCACCCCCUGGGGCAGAGCAGGGAUGGCCCCCCCAACACAGUCCAAGGCAGAAAAUGGCGCGGCCACUUCCACCAAAAACACCUCCACCUCCUCAUUCUCUGCAGCAGCCACACGAUGUCAAUGGAAUGUCUGGACCGCCUUUACAUCACCAACAGCGGACACCCACACCACCACGAAACCUGCGUCCUCCUUGCCCACCAAUGCCGCCACCACAGCCGCCAUGGCCAAAGCCGCCUUCGCAGGCAGCGCAAGGGAUUGCACGGGCGCCACCACCACUGCAAAGUCAUGUCGGGGAACGGGCCGUGGUGGUGUCUUCAGGUGGGCCAGUGCUGCCAUUUGAACCCCGACAGCAGGGAGGUCGGGUAUCAAUGCCGUCAGCGGGACCGCUGCCGAUGUUGCCACCACAGCCACAUUGUCGCCAGCAGCAAGGACAAACACAAAUUCGUCCUCCUCCUCCCAUGCCUCCACACCCUCACUCUCAUCAGCAUCACAGCAUGGCAGCAGCCGCAGCACCGCCAAUUCCACCAAUUCCGCCAAUUCCACGUGGGCCUCCUCAUCAGCAACAUCCACAGUGCGACAGACCUGAGCGGAUCGUUUCCAUGCAGGACGAGCAGCUCAGGUCACAUCAACGUCCAUGGCCACCUAAUCCAAAUGAUCUAAGCAACCAAGUAGGAGAUCGCGUAUCGCCAAUGUUGUGCCAUACGCCAGGGACCCUAUUGAUGCGGAAUGGAUGUGCCCCAGAAGAGAGGGGUCCAUUUCCAGAAAGAAGGGGGGAAGGGUUGGGCCAGGAGCAAGGUCGGGUCCACCAAAGGGGUGAGCAAUCUUCAAGAGCUUGGGCACCUGGUUCAGGGCGUGACGCACAACAUGUUGGCAGGAAUUCUGGUCCAGGGGAAGAGCCAUCAUCACGCGUUGCAUGGUCAAACGGGCACUACGCUCAGGGGGGAUUACGGGUGGCAGGUUCACAGCCAAUGCAACAGCGUCAGGGCUUUCCCCAGCGAUAUCUGCCUGGAAAUAACCUUGGGCAAAGGGCUCCGCAUCCUCCAACAUUGAAUAGGGAGUACACGGUGCCAGCCCAGCAGCAGACCACUCUUUUACGCCAUUGUGAGACAUGUGAUAAGACAUUUAAGAAUGCUGAGCAGAUGAGCGCGCACCUGAAAACUCAUGUAGCAUGUGAUCAAGAAGGUUGUACCUUUGCGGCAUCAGGGAAACUUCUGAAAGAGCAUAAAGCAACGGCUCAUCACGUGGCAACAGUCUCAGCCUCUGCACUGCGGGCGCUGGCUAAGCGGCCGAAAGAGAGUGAUGAGGAUAUUCAAAGAUGGAUCGCCGAGCGGAAGCGCAACUUUCCGACGGAUGCAAACAUUACACGCAAGAAGAGAGACGCACAGCGACGGGCUGAAACAGGCGAGCUAGUGGAUGAAGAAGAGCGAACUAGAGUAAAGAGGCUGCGGGAGAUUCUUUCGCGGCAAGAACAGAUGGGCUUGCCAGUUGCUGAAAUACCUCCCGAUCUAUUGCGCAUCAGGCGGCCGGUAGGCGUGAGGCGGAAGCCAGCCGAAGAGGAGAGCCGGCCGACUUCCCAAACUGGAGUGGAGAAGCAGCGAUCCGAUACCUGCGCAGCUAGGCCAGCAGCCCAACAGCUCAAGGAUGUGAACUCAAACAAGGAGUCUGGGGUAAAGGAUGCAGGGAAUCUCUCAGCUGGCAAAGAAGUGGAGGAUGUGAAUGGCUCAGGCAAGAAGCGUUCGUGGCCAGAUGACGAGGAUGGGAGAGAUUGGGACAGCCAUGUGGCUGAUAAACGGUGCAACAAGGCUAAUGCCAGAAAGCUGCAACCCUGCCGCCUGUUUCGGAUCGGCCGUUGUCAUAGGGGCGACGAUUGUCGAUUCUUACACGGACAUGAUCAGUCGGAGGGACGACGAGGCACUAAUGAAGUUAAAGUCAACAGUUCUGUCACUGGAAACCCAAUGGAUCCAUGCAACGGUUCCCUGUUGGCGAAGCUUCUAUCACGAGACAUUCGUCGCGACAAGAGCUUUCUUCUUCAGAGUUUCAGGUUCAUGGUGAACAACAAUUUCUUUGCAGACUAUCCGCAGAAAGAACCGCUGAAGUUUUUCAACUGGAAUGCCUCCAACAAUGAGCUGGAAGACGAGGCUGCUGGGACGCUGAAGGUGCACGUUGCUGAAGCAGAUAAGGUGAUCGCUGAUUUGAUCGAUAAACUGGAUGAUAGUGAUGCCCGGGGUGGCAUGAGCGAUGACAAGGGGGGGGAUGAGAAUGAGGACCUGGGUGCGUCCUCUGGGCAUCGUGCGAACAGCCGAGCUACUGUCAGUGGUGUGCACACUCGUGGUAGUGAAAACGAUGGAGGGCAUGAUGAAGACAAGGUGGAAGGUAAGGAUGGGAGUUGCCACGCGGUGGCAAAGAGAUUGGAUAACGAUGAUGAUGAUGAUGAUGAUGUUGAGAAAGAGGAGGAAGAGGAGGAAGAGGAGGAGGGGAAGCAGGGGAAGAAGGAAGAUAGAUUGGUGGCUGAUAAAAAGAUCAGUCAUGUGGAGAAGAAGAAAGGAAAAAGGGAUGAUGGCGAUGAUGGUACCGAUGAUGACAAGGAGGAGGAGGAGGACAAGGACGGCGAGGGAAAGAAGGAGGACAUGGAGGGUGUUGAAGAUAAAGAGGAGGAGGAGAUGGAGGGUGUUGAAGAGAAAGAGAAGGAAGUACACGUGGGUGAGGCUGGCAAUGUGGGUCACUUGAGGGAGCAUGUGGAUGCGUGUCAAACGAGAAGUAAUGGAGUGUUCACUAAGGAUGCAGAUUUUGCAGAGUGGUCAAGUUCCGCUCUGGAUGGCGUAGGUGCCACUAGGUCAGGCAGAGAUGGAUACCAGCAGGAUUUGGAGAGGAAGGUAGAUGGAACAGAACGGGGGAGGGUACAAACGGUCAGGUUUUCCUCCGCGGCAGAUGCGAUAAGCAAUGUGCAAAAUAUGAGCUGGAAUGAAGAUAGCAUACGUAGGUGCAUUAGCAGGAGUGGGGCAACUGAGAAGAGCGACAAUAGUAUCAAGGAGAGAGAGGAGCAGAGAGGCGAGGAGAAGAUGGCAAAUGGCGUACGCAAAGUACAGUCGGCAGACCCUGCUGCCACAGAAGAAGCUGCAAAGGCAGGAGCGCAUGAGUCGAGUGGAAAUGGGAAGAAAAGGAAGAAGAAGGUUUCUGAGACAAAUGGAAUAGAGAAGGAUACGAGAGUCAAGCACUCGUUCAAAAAGCACAGAAAAGGGAAGCAGUCUUCGUUGCCUUCGUCGGGAGGCGGCAGCACCCAUCAUAUGGAAGAACGCAUGAACUGUGUUGAGCAGGAGCAGCAGCAAGAGGAGUGUGUGAAGAUAGCAAAAGGAGUGUGUAAAGAGGCCGCAAUGGAAGAGGAAGCCUGCGAGUUUAUUGGCUGGGGAGCGAUGUGUGCAAAGAUGUGUCUUUCCUAGUGUGGAAGAGAGAUUGCUCUGCAUUCGCUGUCGUGUGCUUCUGACACCGUUUGCGAGGCGCUCAUUUUUUUGCCGGAGAAAGCUUGACGGUCAGGGCUGAAUUGAGAAACGAAGGGACCCGCAUUCGUUCGUUCAGAGUUGAUCGUCGCCUUGUUGUGGAAAAAGGGGUUGUGCUAUACGCUGAAAGUUUUGCUGUAGACAUCUGCAUGUCGCCUGCACAGUCGCCUUGUUGGGGAAAAAGGGCCUGUGCUAUACGCUGAAAGUCUUGCUCCAGCCAUUUGCAUGUCGCCUGCACAGAGUGUAUGUCCUUACAGCAGCUGAAACCGCCACGCAGUGCAUCUGUUUCGUUCUUUUUUUCAGCGUCCGUCUGAUGGGCGUCUGAUGGGCUCAAACCCUCAACCUUCAAUAGCUAUAGGCCACGAGGAGGGGAUCUCGAGUCGUGUUCUGAAAUGAUUCUAUGUGACUCAGACCAAUUCAACCAGCCAGCUGCUUUAUGUAAAUCUGAGAUUCUGGUCUUUUGCCUAACCACGAAGAGGAGUGCCGUCGUUUUCCCUGCAGCAAGUGCGCGCCAGUCGUUCCGGCCUCCCGAUCGCACAAAACAGGUUACAAAUUUUUUUUUCUGACUCCCCUAUUGUCGUGUGUAGUUUUAAGGGCCAUCCAGUCAAUUUGGCUGCUUGACAAUUUGUGUACGCAGGCCUCUGUGUUUGUGGGCUUUUGUGCAUGUGGGAUUUUGUGUGUGUGGGCCUUUGGAACUGGGUGUUCAUCCACCUAGGAGGAGACUAUUUAGGCUUCUGCGACAUGGUUGUUUUGUGAAAUUGUGCAGUUCUCGUUUUGAAUUCAGUGCAGAAUGCACGUGCAGAUGUUUUCCGCAACUGCUAGAAAAACUGCAGAGGUGUUUCAAAGAUACGUUAUGGCCGUGCCGGUGGACACAGGCCGACACAGGCCACACACACACACACACACACACACACACACACACACACACACACACACACUAGUUUUCCAAGAUAUGUGUUUGGCGGUGUCCUUUCAAGUUGUCGCAGUGCGCACAUGAUUUCGAAUCUGAGUAUAGGAUGUGGUUGGCCAUCUUAUGGUUCAUACCUGCGGCAAGU